AGAUAUACAUUUUACAUAGCUAGUUUGAUUUUACAAAGCGACAAAUUAACAUUGUAACCAUUCAGUUUUCUGAUCUAAAAAACUGUGUCAUCUUUUUGUGAUCUGCAGUGUGCAGUUUUGGGGCAAAUCCGUUAUUUUGCGUGAGCCUCAACUCAAUGGUAACGUACACCACACUCCCCAGGGUUUGACAAAUUUUUACUGAGUGUGAUGAAUGCACCUAUUAUAUUGUGGCAAACUGUGAGAAGGGGGGUCAAAUGAAGGAUAGAAUGAAAAGAAGAGGCAGCGAGAAAGUGAAGUAUGGUGUCAAUGAGGGCAGCUGCUGGUACAGCCUGCAGCCAGACAGGGCUGAAAUCUGAGACUCGCACAACCACAGAAGCAGGCGGAGGGAGGGGCCAGAGAGGGAGAAACCCAACUGGGAGAAAGAGAGAGAGAGAGAGAAUGUCCAUGGAAGAGAAAGAAAGCAAAAUAUGUAGGCUCAGGGCAGAGCAAGCAUACAAGAAAGUGCAUGGGAAGUGAGGGGAAUGUAGAGUCAUUGACAUGAAAGAUGAAGUGUGCCGAGGCAAAUAAAAUUAGCAAGAGACAAGUCAGAGUCUGUGUGAAAGAGAAAUGAUGUGCUGUGGAGAAGAAGGGGUUAUGUGUUUUGGGGAGGGAGAGAAAGGGGAAGGGUGUGGGUGAGCAUGCUCUGUUUGGACUGACAUUGGAUGCCGGCUUAGCUUGUCUCUGUCUCGCACUCAAACACACCCAGCAGUAGUGACCACCUACCACACUCCAGGGGACAGAAAGAACAUGGCUUAGGAGGAAAAGUCAGAAGGAGUGAGACCUCCAUUUUUUUUCUCUCACUCUCUCUGUAGCUACAGCCUCCACUUCCACCGGGAAACCAAGAGAGAGCGGGCCUUUGUUUUCCAAGUGCCAAAGGAUUAUUCUUCUUUCUUUUUCAUAGAAAUCAGCCUUCUGCUGUGGUAAUUCUGCUAUUCUGCUACAAAUCUGCAAUUUUGGAAAAUGCUUUGGAACUGACUACACCUGUUUACAGAAAGCAGCGCAUUUGAAAAGUACCAAACUGUCCCUGGAGAUCUGGGACUGACCAAAACCAAGGUGGAACUUGUAGGAUUGUUGGAAACAAUCUACAGUGACUUUUGUUAAACUAUGUCUUGUUGUCUUUAGUUUCUAGUGGCUGAGAGGCAGCAGCCAGGGAGUGGCACGCUGACCACACAGUGUCACUGAAUGCUUACAGACUAAAUUUGAGUUGGACUGUCUGUCUCUGUGCUGCAGAAUAAGCACUGAGAAACCUACUUGCUUUUCCUUUUCAGGAUACCUUUUUUUUGCCUGGGACACAAGUUUUUUGGAUUCUGUGGACACGGACAAAGGGUCUCAGGUCUUCUCCUCUUGUCUCUUCGCCUCUCAGAUUGUUAUUUUUCCGGCUAUUAAGCAUUUCCGUUGACACAAACCUCCUUUCAUCGCAGCUUUCCCUCAGCCCUUGUGAGCUUAUGCUCCCUAAAUGGGGGACCGGGAGGAUAAAAAUGUGAUCUUCUGUUUUGUGGUGUGUUUUGGGCAACAGCAACAGUGUGUGGUUUCCAUGGAAAACACCAGAGAAGUAUGGAGCUGAGGGGCUGUGUGAAUACUCUCCCCUAUGUCUCUGGUCCAAGUGAAAUCGAAGCCGGCUUGCGCAGCACUGCAAGCUCCGCCCUGGAACUCGUUGUUCAGACUCUUUUCAUGUGUAGCCACAAGGAACGUGCACAAGACUAAAGAGGUCCCCACAUUUCAAGAGAAGACGAAAGCCUUAUUUGGAAAUCUUAUGGACGAAGAAAUGAGUCGCCAGACUGCCACCGCGCUGCCCACAGGAACCUCCAAGUGUCCCCCUUCCCAGCGCGUGCCCACCCUGUCAGGCACCACCGCCUCCAACAGCGACCUGGCCAGCCUGUUUGAGUGCCCUGUGUGCUUCGACUAUGUCCUACCCCCCAUCCUGCAGUGUCAGUCUGGACACCUGGUAUGCUCUAACUGCCGGCCCAAGCUCACCUGCUGCCCCACCUGCCGAGGCCCCCUUGGCUCCAUCAGGAACCUGGCCAUGGAGAAGGUAGCUAACUCUGUCCUCUUCCCCUGCAAGUAUGCCUCAUCGGGCUGCGAAGUCACCCUGCCUCACACUGACAAGACAGAGCAUGAAGAGCUGUGUGAGUUCCGGCCGUACUCUUGUCCUUGUCCUGGCGCCUCCUGCAAGUGGCAGGGCUCUUUGGACGCUGUCAUGCCUCACCUGAUGCACCAGCACAAGUCCAUCACCACAUUGCAGGGGGAGGACAUUGUGUUCCUGGCCACAGACAUCAACCUGCCGGGCGCAGUGGAUUGGGUAAUGAUGCAGUCCUGCUUCGGCUUUCACUUCAUGCUGGUGCUGGAGAAGCAGGAGAAGUAUGACGGCCACCAGCAGUUUUUCGCCAUCGUGCAGCUCAUCGGGACUCGCAAGCAGGCAGAGAACUUCGCCUACCGGCUGGAGCUCAAUGGGCACCGGCGCCGCCUGACCUGGGAGGCCACACCACGAUCCAUCCACGAGGGCAUCGCCACAGCCAUCAUGAACAGUGACUGCCUGGUGUUCGACACGUCCAUCGCACAGCUGUUUGCGGAGAACGGCAACCUGGGCAUCAAUGUCACCAUCUCCAUGUGCUAAGAACUUUGACAGGACGAGGGUCAAAAAAAAUUCGCAGAUUGUCAGGGGGCAUUUUUUUUUCAGGGGUCAAAUCAAUUGUGACCUCACAGUGCCCCCACCCCUUGAGAUAUGGAACUGGACUGUCUGAUCAGACAGCCAUGGAGGCCCAGGGGGUGGGAGGGAUGUAUGUUUGGAUGGAUGGAUGGAUGGAUGAGUGGAGGAAUGAAGAAACACAAGGACAUAACUGUGUAGUGAUGACUAUAGACUUCUAAACACACACAAACAUGUGAGACUCAUGCACGUACAUGCAGUCUCACACUCUCUUGGUCAUAAACAAGGACACAAACUGAAAAGCUGUUCAGUCAAACUCGUGAUUUCCCACCACUCUUCUUUUAGUCUCUCUCGGUCUUUCCCUACGGCUCAACCAUCCUCAGACUUUUCAGACACUACAGCUCAUCGACCUUCACUCCAAGAUGACGGAGGCCGGUCACCGCUGAGCAGCCCCGUUCCCUGACAGCUACACACUGGGUAAACACUCAAACUAUGUUUCUCCGCGGACUCCUGGUCAGUGCUAGGUAGCUAGUCAGCUACCUAGCUUCCCGCUACCCAAUUCCCUGCUGUUUAUAAUCCACCUCAGUAUCGGUCAGACCUCCUGGACUGAACGGUUCACACUCUACUGACACUUUUAGGGCUACACCUGUGGCUGUGGCUGGGGUUCACCACAGUGAGAUCAAACUGGAGCUCCCAGCCUAUGAAGGUCCUUACCGCAGCUUUGGGUAUAAAUCGUCACUGACGUGGCUAUUGGUGGCUGGGACUGGAACUGUUGCCACGUAGGCAUGGACAGCUGUAGCGCCCAUAACCAUUAGACACCAAUUAUAUCCAGGACUGCGCUAAAGGAACUCAGGCUCAUCCGUUUUCCUUCUGGUCCACCUAAGGCUAAGGAUUGUGCAUCGGACACUCUUCAAAUAGCUGACUGUCGUCGUUGAUAGUUAUUAGAACAGACUCUGCUCUCAUACUGUACGGAUUUAAGAAGGCCCUCAGCUACAUCAGCCAUGGAUUUAUUUUUUUUAUUAUUUUUAUUUUCAUGAAGUGGACAGGAGUUUCACACAUACACACACGCCUGUUCUUUACAUUACUGGCUGUGUGUGUAGUUGUAAUGGUAGAUGAAUUGUUUUUCAGAACAAGGAAAAAACACUGCAUUUCAGUUUAGUCACAGUUUUCGUUUGGGGUUUGUUUCUCAAGUCUGUCAUUUCUUUUUAAUUAUUUUAGUUGUCUUUUUUUUUGUAUGGAAGGAGAGAAGAACUCCUGACGUUUGUGUGAGCCUGUGUGUGUGUGUGUGUGUGUGUGUGUGUGUGUGUGUGUGCACGUACGCGUGGACAUGUGGCAAAAAAAAACCUGCUUACCCUUCAUUUCUGCUCUGUCUGCCGGCGUCGGCCUCAGCCACUUGAUUGACUGAUCACCCAACCAGGAACGAGGGCCAGUUUCUAUCGUUACAAUGUCGCUAUUGUUAUUAUUAAAUGGAGAUUAUCAUAAUUAUCUUUUUUUUGUAAUGACUUUUAAAAACAAAGAUUAAAAGGCAGUUGUAAAACUUGUGGCUAAACUUUCAGUGUUUGUAGUUAAAAAGCAAGUUGUGUCGUUCUUCUGAAGGUUUGUUUUUUUCCCGAUUGCUUUUCCUCAUCUAUUUGUCUCUCCGUCCUCAUGUUUGUGUGGUCUUUUCUUUUUUUUUUGUCUACGAGGAGGGAGGUCAAGCCAAUCAACUCUCCCUUUCUCUUCAUGUGGAGUCUCAGUAAUGUUGCUGCUCCCCCUCAACUCCUUUUUUUUUCUGUUUUAAUUUGUCAUUAAAUAAAUCUAUCUUUUUCAUACCUGG